AUGGGUAAUCUGUCAUCAUCAAAUGUCACCGAAACGCUUGAAACACAGAUUCAGAAGGAUCCGGUAGUUAUUUAUUCGAAAACCACGUGCGGAUAUUGUAUUCAAGCAAAGAAGUUGUUCGACAACUUGAGUAUUCCGUACGUCAGCUACGAACUGAAUAAACUUGCUCGUGGUCAUGAGCUCUUUCGACAGGUUCAUGCCCACACCGGCUGUCCGACGGUUCCUCAAGUUUUUGUUUGUGGCAAGUUCGUCGGAGCAUGUCGUAAAGUUCUGCAAACUCUCGAAGUAUUGGAAGUCCUCAGCGAAGAACUAAGAAUGGCUGAGCAUCUUGUGACAUACAGUAUUACAGGCCUCCUUCUUCCUGUCGGUCGGUACUCGAGAGGGCGAUUAAAUUUCGCGCGACUUCCGUCGCUGCUUUGA